AUGAACUCCGACUAUGCAGACCUCGACGCGCGCCAGCGCCGGUUUUCGCUGCGCAAAAAAUGGGCCCUGGCCGGGCUAGCGCUUUUUCUCGCAGCUGCGACCUACGCGGUGUCCAGCGUGGUGCUAGCGCACCACGCGCCCACCGCCACGCCAGAACCGCUUUGGUGCAACAGCGUGCGCAAGACAGACGCAUUGCCCGUCAAAGACGUGCGCAAAUUGCUUGCAAACAGCACGCUCUGGGACGAGACCCUGGCCAAGCUCGCAAACGCUGUGCGCGUUCCAACUGAAAUCUACGACCAUACCCCAGACCCAUCCAGCAGCCCCGACGACGCCAUCUGGGAGCCGUUCCAAAAGCUGCACGACCAAUUGGAAUCGGACUUUCCCGCCGUGUGGAGCAAACUCCAGGUCGAAACCGUCAACGAAUACGGACUCGUGAUCACGUGGGAGGGCUCGCGCGAAGACCUGAAGCCCGUCAUGUUCGCCGCUCACAUGGAUGUGGUCCCGGUCGAGCGCAAGACGUGGUCCCAUUGGCAACACGAACCCUUCAGCGGCGACAUCACGCACGAUCCAGAACUCGGCGACUUGUUGUGGGGCCGCGGCUCCUUUGACGACAAAAACAUGCUCAUCGGCAUUCUGCAAGCGCUAGAGUACUUGCUGACGCACGAACCGGACUACACGCCCCGCCACGGCGUCGUGGUUGCGAUCGGUUUCGACGAGGAAGUCGGAGGCUAUCGCGGCGCGCAGAAAAUCGCCAAACUCUUGCACGAAAGAUACGGCCAGCACGGAAUCCUCUCGAUCAUCGACGAGGGCGUCGUGGGCGUCAAAGAAAUCGAGGGUGUCCUUGUUGCAGCGCCGGGAACCGGCGAAAAGGGCCGUUAUGACAUGCAAUUCGAGUUGAACACCCCUGGUGGUCACUCUUCCGUGCCCCCAGACCAUACUUCCAUUGGCAUUGCCGCAGACCUCAUCUCCACAAUCGAGCGAGAAAAAUUCCCUGCCAUGUUCACGUCUAAAAACCCCAUGUCCCAGUAUUACCGCUGUAUCGCCGAUUAUUCCACCACGAUGGACAAGUCCCUGAAGCGCGAUUUCCUGCACUCGAUGACCGACCCUGCCGCCAACAACCGUGUCAUCAAUUUCUUGAUUGAGUCCGGGGGCCAUAAAACCGAGUAUCUUUUCCGCAGUACGCACGCGUUCGACAUCAUCCACGGCGGCAUCAAAGCCAACGCUUUGCCCGAGACCGUUUCGUUUCUUGUCGAUUCCAGAAUCGCCGUCGAAACGAGUGUUCAAGAUAUCCAGAAAUCUUUCCUCGACUCUACUCUUGAGAUAGCUCGCAAAUACGACCUGGGUGUCACUUUCGAAGGCGAAGAGUUAAUCCCUGCGACCGCCAACGGUAACUUUAGACUCACGACCGAGGGCAAGCCGCUCGAAGCCGCACCUGUGGCACCCCAAAACGAUAUCUGGGACAUUUUCUCCGGUACCAUUAAAAGCUUCUACGAAGACGUAGUUUUCCCAACGAAGUUCAACGAGUCUCGCGAACUAAUAGUUGCGCCCAGUAUUAUGACUGCAAACACAGAUACGGCCCACUAUUGGAACUUGACCCGUAACAUUUACCGCUACCAGCCUGGAUUCGCGAUGGAGGACACACUUUCUACGAUUCAUUCCGUCAACGAACACAUCAACGCCGAAACCGUGAUGCACGUCGUCGCAUUCGUUUACGGCUACAUUCGCACCGUUGACAGUGCUUAA